CACAGAGAGAGAGAGAGAGAGAGAGAGAGAGAGAUUCAAUAAUGGCGACUCUUCGUUAUAUUUCAGCCUUCUUCGUUAUCUUCCUCCUACACGUAGCUCAAUUGGCAAAAUCCGACCCAUUCAUCGGGGUGAACUAUGGCCAGGUCGCGGACAACCUCCCGCCGCCGGAUGCAACAGCGAAGCUGCUCCAAUCCACCUCAAUCGAAAAGGUUCGGCUCUACGGAGCCGAUCCGGCGAUCAUCAAGGCACUGGCAAAUACCGGCAUCGGUAUCGUAAUCGGAGCGGCGAACGGCGACAUUCCGGCCAUGGCCUCCGAUCCGAACUUCGCCAAUAACUGGAUAAACUCCAAUGUGAUUCCCUUCUACCCUGCCAGCAAGAUCAUUCUCAUCAGCGUCGGCAACGAGGUCUUGCUCUCCGGCGACCGGAACCUGAUGGGUCAGCUUCUGCCGGCUAUGCAGAACCUCCAAAACGCCCUCAAUUCAGCAUCCUUAGGUGGGAAGAUUAAGGUCUCCACGGUUCAUUCAAUGGCGGUGUUGAGGCAAUCUGAGCCUCCAUCUUCUGGAAGUUUCGAUCCGAAUUUUGCUGAUUUGUUGAAAGGAUUGUUGGAGUUCAACAAUGCAAAUGGUUCACCUUUCCCAGUCAAUCCUUAUCCUUACUUUGCAUACCAGAGCGAUCCAAGGCCAGAGACUCUGGCAUUUUGUUUAUUUCAACCUAACUCUGGACGAGUUGACUCGGGCACCAAUAUCAAGUACACUAACAUGUUCGACGCCCAGGUGGAUGCAGUUCGAGCAGCAUUGAACUCAAUGGGCUACAAGGGCGUUGAGAUAGUAGUCGCUGAGACAGGAUGGCCAUACAAAGGGGACGCCAACGAGGUCGGUCCGAGCAUGGACAAUGCCAAGGCAUACACUAGUAAUCUGAUCGCCCACCUUAGGUCAAUGGCGGGAACGCCAUUGAUGCCUGGGAAAUCCGUGGAUACAUAUCUCUUUGCUCUAUAUGAUGAGGACUUGAAGCCGGGACCGGCCUCAGAGCGAUCGUUCGGGCUUUUCAAGCCUGAUUUGACCAUGACCUAUGACAAUGGGCUUUCCAAGACAACCCAGGCUCCAUCGACACCAAAAACUCCAGUGACUCCAUCUCCAAACGCGAAGAAACCCGCUUGGUGUCUUCCAAAGGGAGGCGUAUCGGAUGCCCAAUUGCAAGCAAAUUUGGAUUACGCUUGUGGACAACAAGGGAUUGAUUGUAGUCCAAUUCAACCAGGUGGAGCUUGUUUUGAACCGAACACGGUGGCAUCACAUGCUGCUUAUGCCAUGAAUCUUCUUUACCAAAGUUCUGCCAAGGAUCCAUCAAACUGCGAUUUCUCUCAAACGGCCGCAAUCUCGUCCAACAAUCCUAGUUAUAGUGCGUGCAAUUACCCUUCUGGAAGUACAUGAAGAGAAGAGAAAUCGGCAUCGGUGACCUAUCUUUAAUAGUAAGGCUAAUGGUGGUGACUGCAUGGCAUUGUUCUUAUUCUUAAGCUCUAGUUAAGGUAUAGACAAGAAGAGAAGAGAGAUUGGCAAUGGCACAUUGAUGAGGAAUUUGAGUAAUUCCCUCUCCUUCAUCACAGUAAAGGGAUUCUGUUGCUCGAUCCGUUGUGCUUGUGAGAACGUCACAUAUUUGUAGUUGAAACUUCUAAUUUCGCUGUAUUUUGUAACUUUUUUUGUCAAAACGGUAUGCAAAAUUUGAUGAUAUGAAGCAAGCCAAUACAUCAAUAAA